AUGGCUCCUCCCAAUCCCACCGGCUUUGAUAUGAAAGCCUUCACCAAUGCCGCGACCAGUCGAGAAUGGCGAGCAAAAGAUCCUUGGGUUCGAAAUGAAGCAUGGCGAUAUAACGGUCCGUUCACGAGAUGGAAUCGAUUCAAGGGGUCAUUUCCGGGGUUGGGGAUUGCUACAGUGGCUUUCGCAGGCUAUGUGAUUUUUGAGGCAAUGUUCUUGAAGGAUUCGCACGGACAUGGCGAGGGACAUGGUGACAAACAUUAA